CACAUCCUGCUGUCAAGGAUGCGAGCCUUGCGGGUUUGUGUUUGAAUGUCACUGAUAUGACGGAGCAGCAGACGCUUCCUCUCUCAACAUGCCGGCAGCGAUGCACCUCACUGUCCUGCUUUCCCUGCUCACAGCGACAGCCUGCCGCGGGAGUGUAGUUUCCUCUACUGUGAUGGCUACGAGUGCUUCCCAUGCAACCCAGAGCUUAGCAACGUCAUCCACAGUGAAAACAUCAACCGUCACACCCCAGCUUCAAACGACGACACAGAUGACCACCAGUCUUACUUCAACUUCACCACAGACUGCCACAGCAGAGAAGACCAGCCCGAGCAGCGCUCCCCUGAACACGACGACCAGCCAAACGUCCAAUCAGUCAGUCACUCAGAGCCAGACGACCAGCCAAACGUCCAGCCAAACGUCCAAUCAGUCAGUCACUCAGAGCCAGACGACCAGCCAAACGUCCAGCCAAACGUCCAAUCAGGCAGUCACUCAGAGCCAGACGGUCCCUCUAACGUCAGAGUCACUGAAUGUCACAGCUGGUACAUCGGGAAACAAAACCAGUUCAGAUCUUUCAGGCAACAAGGAAAAUUACAACUUGGUGGAAAAUCCUGGCCUGGUGGCCGUCAUCUGCAUCUUUACAAUUGUCUUUGGCCUCCUGCUGGUGGUUGUGACGGUGAAAUGUGUCAAAUCUUCGAGAUCCGACUUUGAGAGGCUCGAAGACGUUCCCAUGGGUAAAGUGAACGAAGCCUCUCCCUUCGCUCAGUACACAAAAUGACAGAAGACUCUUCACCGGACAACAACUCAACAAUUUUUUCUGGGCUGUAAAACAACACCAGUCAGAAGGGACUCUAAGUUAAAAUAUAUAAUUGUAAAUUGCACUUUUGUCAAUGCUAAUGAAAUAUUCGUAGAUUAACUUUGACUUGGUUACUGCUGGUAAUUCAAUAGAUUCAGACGAGGGACUCUUAAUCAAAUAACUCUUGCCUCGCUCAGCUCUACAUGUAGAAUAAUGUAAUCUAAAUGCACUAAAGCCUUUUGGGGAAAAAGAUUUUAUUAUGGCCUCUCGUGGGUUUUUUUCUAGGAUUUCCAUUUAUCUCCAUCCUUCUUUGGCCAUAUCAACUCUGAUCAGUUCCCCUGUGUCUGCUGAAGGCAAACAUUCCCACAUCAUGAUGCAGCCACCACCAAAUCUCACUAAUCAUUUAUUAUCUAUAAUAUUUACUAAUUUGAUUACUUCAGUAGUUCACAAUGGAUUUCUACAGGUAUUAGAGUAAAAGUGGCAGAAUAUAAAUGUAUGCCAGACUUUCCACACUUUACUUUGCAAGAAUCUUUUUGUUUGUUUUUUUCCAUUUCUACUUCUGCUUUGUGCUACUUUUUGUCCAUCACAUAAAAUCCCAAUAAAAACAUUGAAGUUUGUGGUUGUAAUGUAGCAGAAAGGUAAAUGUUCAAGAAAUAUAAAUAAUUUUGCAAGGUAUUGUAUAAUACCUGUAUAAAUAGUGAAUUCUGUAACGUGUCUUUGGAGAAUUUAAAGGUAAAAAUAGUGCUACUGCAGUUAUCAUGACUGAAAGAAUAAAGAUGUUUUCAGGUUUUCUGAUUGGUACAAAUCAAGGCCUGUUCUUCCAGGCAAUAAAAAAAAAUCAAAUUAUUAAUCUAUGGUACGAUGCAUGAGUGUUUUGGAAGUUAAUAUAAUAUAUGCAAUGAAAAGUAUAGUUUAUAGCUACUGCUCUUUCCAAAUAACCAAGAAUAUUUAAUAGAAAACUUGUAAAGGCUUUUUAUUACCUCAAACUUCUGUCUUUAUUUUACACUUCUAAAUAAAUCCCAUUUAAUGUC